AUGACGAUCGAUACAUCGGUUAUUGAUGCGAUAUUUUUACCAAUGGAAUUCCAAUCAGGAAUAUUCCAAAAGGACCACAUACCAAAUUCGAUGGCCAAUCAGACGGCAACCAUCGAAUCAACGAGGUGA